AGCAGGCUGCCGAGGAACACAGCUGCGUCUGGCUGCGGGGCCAAGAGCACUGUCAAGGGAGCCACACCCCCUCUGGGGCAGCAGAAUCGCCACCGUCAGCAGCAGCAGCAGCAGCAGCAGGACAGACCAGCAAUCACAAGGCACCUUUGAGAACUUCAGGAUGCAGAUGUCUACAGUCUGCCUUGCCCUGGGCCUGGCCCUUGUCUUUGGUGAAGCAUCGGCCUCCUACCUCCAUGAGACUCGGGCGGCGGAACUGGCCACAGACUUCGGAGUGAAAGUGUUUAAGCAGGUGGCACAGGCCUCCAAGGACCGCAACAUGGUUUUUUCCCCCUAUGGGGUGGCCUCUGUCCUGGCCAUGUUGCAGCUGACCACAGCAGGAGAGACCCGGCAGCAGAUCCAAGAGGCCAUGCGGUUCCAGAUUGAUGAGAAGGGCAUGGCACCUGCCCUCCGCCGGCUGUACAAGGAGCUCAUGGGGCCGCGGAACAAGGACGAAAUCAGCACGGCGGACGCCAUCUUCGUCCAGCGGGAUCUGAAGCUGGUUCACGGCUUCAUGCCCUACUUCUUCAGGCUGUUCCGAACCACAGUCAAGCAGGUGGACUUCUCAGAGGUGGAGAGAGCCAGGUUCAUCAUCAACGACUGGGUGAAGCGACACACAAAAGGCAUGAUUGGCAACCUGCUGGGCAGAGGGACUGUGGACCAGCUGACGCGUCUGAUGCUGGUGAAUGUGCUCUACUUCAACGGCCAGUGGAAGACCCCUUUCCCCAAGUCGGGCACCCACCACCGCCUCUUCCACAAAUCUGAUGGCAGCACCGUCUCCGUGCCCAUGAUGGCUCAGACCAACAAGUUCAACUACACCGAGUUUUCUACCCCCGACGGCCAUUAUUACGACAUCCUGGAACUGCCCUAUCACGGAGACACGCUCAGCAUGUUCAUUGCUGCUCCCUAUGAAAAAGACGUGCCUCUUUCUGCCCUCACCAACAUCCUGGAUGCCCAGCUCAUCAGCCAGUGGAAAGGGAAUAUGACCAGACGGCUCCGCCUCCUGGUUCUGCCCAAGUUCUCCCUGGAGAGCGAAGUCAACCUCCGGGGACCCCUGGAGAACUUGGGGAUGACGGACAUGUUCAGGCCAAACCAGGCGGACUUCUCCAGUCUUUCAGACCAAGAGGCCCUGUACGUGUCCCAGGCGCUGCAGGAAGUGAAGAUGGAGGUGAAUGAGAGCGGCACGGUGGCCUCCUCCUCUACAGCCAUCAUCGUCUCAGCCCGAAUGGCCCCCGAGGAGAUCAUCAUGGACAGACCCUUCCUCUUCGUGGUGCGGCACAACCCCACAGGAACGGUCCUUUUCAUGGGCCAAGUGAUGGAACCCUGACCGCGAGAACAGCAGCCCUCAUCUGGGACAGAACUGGAGACACAUCCAAGAAGAAGGAACUCUAAAG